UAAUCUCAAACGAUUGUAAUUCGUAUGCCGUCGUGCAUGCUCGGCUAGGGUAUAUAGUCCAACAAUGAAUGUUACGGUCGUCCGUAUGAAUGAAGUGCAAUGUAGUAGUAUGCUUAGUAUUCAGCAUUCAACAUGCAUAGUAGUUGCGUAUAAAUUUAAUUGAAAAAAAAUCUUUUUUUUUUGCGUUGGUAAUAGUGACAUAUAGUUAGGUUGGCAUCAAAUUUCCGUUAUAUUUUACCGCCAAAAGUUGAUGGUACAGUGUUAAAAUGCCUUGUCGUUUAUGUGAUGGUGGUGAAGAUCUCAUCGACAUUUUUGAUGUCGAGUGGGAAGAAAUUGGCGGAUAUAAUUUUUCGGCGACAAUCGAAGUGAUGACCGGUAUUUGCGUAAGUUAUUAUUUCAUUAAUUUUUUUAAUGCACGAGCCGCAUGUUGCCGACCUCUGGUAUAUAGUAACAUUCAUGAGGUGAUGGUCUUGUUAUUAUUUUUUGAUUACUAGGUGCCACUCUAUAAUGGAUCUCUUAUAUAAUAUUAUUUGAAAAACUUGCUGAUUUAUGAAUGUAAUUUCAUAAAAUUACAGAUUACGCCUAACGAUGUCCUCUCUACCAAAGUCUGUCCAACAUGCAUACAGGCUGUCCGCACGCAUAUGAAGUUCAGGCUGAAGUGCUAUAGGAAAAUGAAGGAAAUCGAGGUUACUGGUGUUAUAAAUUUAAAAUAUGUUCUAUUUGCUAAAAUUUUAUUAUUUCUUAGGUGCCUGUAGCUGUCGAGGAAUUCGUAGAGGUUACUGAUGUCAUACACUUAAAAUACGUAUUUGCUAAAAUGUCACUAUUUUGUAGGAACCUAUGGAGGAAAUCGCCGAAUAUGGCGAACCCAAGAUGAAAUCGAAAAAGAAGAAGAAGAGCAAGAAGGAUAAGGAAAGCAAAGAGGAGGAAGAGAGGAAGAAGAAGGAAGAAAUGAAGAAACAGGAAGAGGGGACGAUGGAGGAGGAGAGCAAGAAGGAGAGCAAGAAGAAGAGAAAGAAGAAGGAGAGCAAUGUGGAGGAAGAGAUCAAGGAGGUGGAAGAGAGCAAGGAGGAAGAGAGCAAGAAGGAGAAGAAGAGAAAGAAGAAGAAAUGUAAGGAUGACGAAGAGAACAAGGAGGAGGAGGAAACCAUGAAGGAAGAAGAGACCAAGAUGGAGGAAGACACCAAGAAGGAGCGCAAGAAGAAGAAAAAGAUCAAGGAUGAGGAACAGAGCAAGAAGGAGGAAGAGCAGAGCAAGGAGGAGGAACAGAACAAGAAGGAGGAAGAGAGCAAGAAGGAGCGCAAGAAGAAGAAGAAAAAAAGCAAGGAGGACGAAGAGAACAAGGAGGAGGAAGAGACCAAGAAGGAAGAAGAGACCAAGAAGGAAGAAGAGACCAAGAAGGAGCGCAAGAAGAAGAAAAAGAUCAAGGAGGAAGAGAGCAAGGAGGAGGAACAGAGCAAGAAGGAAGAAAAAGAGAGCAAGGAGGAGGAAGAAUGCAAGGAGGAAGAGAGCAAAGAGGAAGGAGAGAGCAAGAAGGAGCGCAAGAGGAAGAAGAAAAUCAAGGAGGAGGAAGAGAGCAAGAAGGAAGAAAAACAGAGCAAGGAGGAGGAAGAAAGCAAGGAGGAAGAGAGCAAGAAGGAGCGCAAGAAGAAGAAGAAAAUCAAGGAUGAGGAAGAGAGCAAGAAGGAAGAAGAAAGCAAGAAGGAGCGCAAGAAGAAGAAGAGCAAGGAAAAGGAAGAAAGUAAGGAGCAAGAAGAAGAGCAUGGAGAGCUAGGAAUAAUAAGUUAG